GUGCAGCCGCGAUAGCAGUCUCGCGUGAUGUGGCUUUGGGAUUUGUGUGAAACAAGAGGCUGGGAGGCUGCAAUUAACAGUUUUGCGGGAGGUACAUGUCGAUGAGAAGAAAGGCCAGUGUCAAGAUGAAGGAGUGGGAGAAUAUUUUUUCUCAAUGUCACAUAAUACCACCACACAAGCAAAGAUGUAAGCAUGUUCCUUUUGAGAAAGCGGGAUAUCAGAUCUGCAUAGAAACGCUGGAGGGAACCCCAGUAAGACAGGGUGUUUUGGAGAGAAGUGUAGAAGUAUGCUGCCAACUAAGAGUGACUCUGUUUGAUAGCACCUAUCAUCAUUUCUUUGGAAGGACUUGGAAAAGUUCAGCAAAACCCUUAAAAGCAACUCCAGGAAAAGGCUCAAAGAUUCUUUUUAAUGAGCCUAUAUACUUUUAUACAACACUUUGUGAUCCCAGCAUUAUGGCUGUCAUUGAGGUUGUUGCACUUACCAAAAAGCAAGAUGGAUCCAAACAAGGACUCUCGUGUGGCUUUGGAAUAAUGGGCUUGUUUAGCCAUCCGCUGGAAGAUGAUUCAAGCAUUCAGAACAAAAGGUUAAAACUUUAUUAUGGAACACCUCGAAGUCUUUUGCAUCCAACGCUCAAAGAUCCUAAUGAAUUAAAUCAACAAAUGACAUUACUUGAAAAUACCUCCAUUCAGUACUCUGUGCGACCACACAAAGUCUUACAGACAGUUGCCCACUUGCUCCCAGAAAACGUGCUCGUUUCUGGCUCUGAGACAAUCCCUGGGAUUAUACCAUCAUCUGAUGAAUCAGGUGAUGCUUUAAAAAAACCUCAUGUGCAGAAGACUGUUGUUUGUUACUUAGAUCAAAUCUGUUUGUUUCUCUAUCCUUCACUGGAGAAGUUUGAGGAGGAGCUGACAGUGCUAGUUAACAAUGACUGGCUACCUAAGGAUGAUGGCAAUAUCAAUGGAGGCUGUGUGUCAAUUCAAGAACGAAGACUGCAUAUUGGUGUUCACAAUGGCUGGGUAUUUGUGCAAAAGCCACAGAUUGUUGUUGUAGUCCCAGAGGCUGAAAUGAUGAGAGGACAUUCCACAACCAGUUUAAAGAAAAAUGUCACCCAACAAAAAUUAAGCUCCACAGUGCAAGCACUAGUCCUGAGGAGUCGUAUACGCCUGCCUGAAAUGGUUAAUCACCGUGGCUUUGCACUUGUCUUUCUGCUCGAGUAUGUCUUUUCUAUCCCCAAUGGAAUCCACAGUAAGACUCCUUCAGCAGCAUCAAGUACAUCUUACAUGCAUAUGAUUCGUUGGGCGGCUUGGACCCCUUCUCUAGAAAAGGGUUCUUCAGAAGUGGCCUUACCCCUUCAAGGAGGACCUCAUCCUAACCCCAGCAGCAAUUUAGUAUACAAGAUGCCGCCAGCUAACAUGAGCUCAGAAGAGGUGCAACAGGUGGAAUCUGGCACAGUGCAUUUUACCUUUUGUUCUGGGUCAGAGAACCUACUGGAAAAGACCAGAGACUCUGCAGUAACUGCCAAUGAAGAGCUCAUUCAAUCCAAGAAAAAUGUAAAGACAUCAAAUUCCAAGUUGAUGGCACAGACAACAUUCUCUCCUCUAGAGUCUCAAGUAGGACCUGCCUACUUAGGUUGGUUAUCUCUUUCUACUGAAAUGAAAAGCAACACAUUUAUUAACGAUUUGUACAAGGAACAUAUGAAGAUGACAUAUUCCUUUUUUUAUAUGUAUCAAGAUAAAUGAUGUAAUUUAUCAUUGUCAUCAAUAAAAUAUAUAUAUACACACA